UCCAGUCCAGUUGUUGGCGGUAAUGCACCUAUAAGCUGGUUUGCCAAUAAACCUCACAGAAGAAGAAGACUUCCAACCAACUUCAGUCUCACUUCACAGUCUUACAUGUCAUCUCCUGCAACCUAGUGGUGGUCACCUAAUUCAGUCAAAGGCAGAAACACACCAGAGUGACGAGGUUAAGCUGAGCAACACUCAGGACAACAUGCUCGCUCGGAUGUUAUUCAACCUCCUCAACAACCUCCAUGUUGUUGAGAAGCUGGCAGAGUCUCGUCCGAUGCGCCGGGCGGCUCAGAUCACAGCUUACGUCCUCACCAAGGCUCAGAUAGCCGGCCGGGAAACCUCGCAGCGGGUCAUGAGGUCCCAGACGCUCCGGCAGGUCCGAGAGGAGGCCGGCAAAGUGCCCGGAGACCUGGGAGAGAUGGGCGGCCGCCUCAAGAGGGUCAAAGAGACAUUUGUGAACGAGGUGAAGGACGGAUGGAAGGACGGCUCCAGACAGAUCAAGAAAUAAAGAGGACAUGCUUAAAGACAAUGUACUGAUGACUUAUUGAUCCCACAGUAAUGCACUCAACAGUGUGUGGUGGUUAACCUGCAAACCAUCAGAGACAAGUGGCUUCAUGUUCACAAUCUGGAAUGAUGGUUAAUAAAAUGUAGAGGUCCACCCACUGAUGUGCAAUCUGUGGCCAGAUGUUUCAUGAUAAACUGUGGGGUAAAAUAAAUGAAUUAACUGUAUUCACAUUUCUGAGAAUGAA